AUGCAGUUUCCUCGACCUGUCUGGCCCAGCAGGCGGCAUUUUGGGAAAACCGCUAUAGCCUCAUCGUUGUUUGUCUUCGUCACACUGAUCCUCGCGCUUCGAUUCCUCGUCGUUCCAAAUAUCCAACGCCUACAUCUCCGAGUCUUUGGUCUUUCAUCAUUCGACUAUGGAUUCCGCGGACUAUACCCAACGCGCAAAUACUAUUCCUUCGAAUACGAGUCACCGGAUAUAGAAGUCGCCAAAUGGGAUUCGAGAUGCAGUGAAGAUUAUACCUUCCUUGCCCCUCAUGGUGACGCCGUCAAAGACCCCGGCGCUAUGAUUCUCGAUGCGCAAGGAAAUCUAGUUUGGAAGAUGAAGCCUCAGUCUGAAAAGAUUCAAGAUUUUCGUGUGCAGGAAUACCAAGGCAAACAGUACUUGACAUAUUGGCAUGGUGUUUCACAGGGUGGACAUGGCCAUGGAGCCUGGACUAUGCUAGAUGCUUCGUACACACCCCGCUUUGAGAUAAGCGCGGUUGGUGCUUUCGAUGGCGAUAUGCACGACUUCCAGAUCACUGAGAAUGGAACUGCCCUGUUCAUUGUAUAUGAUAUCCAGCCCACGGAUCUCAGCGAGAUCGAUGGCCCUGAGUAUGGGUACAUCUCGGAUUGUCUUUUCCAAGAAAUAAAUGUUGCAACGGGUGAUCUGAUAUUUGAAUGGCGAAUGUCAGAGCAUGUGCCCUUGAAUGCAUCAUACGAGGAGCUGAAAAACCGAGGUUGGGCCUCCACUGAGGCAUUUGACGUCUUUCACCUGAACAGCAUUCAUAAAGACAGCAUGGGCAACUAUCUCAUUUCUGCGCGUCACACGCACUCUAUUAUGAGCGUUGACAGUCAAACAGGAGAUGUUAUAUGGACACUAGGAGGAAAGAUGAAUGAGUUCGUCGACACAUCAGAGGGCCGAGCUACGGACUUUGGCUGGCAACAUGAUGCCCGAUGGCAAGAUGCCAAUACCAUUUCUCUGUUCGACAACGCGGCGGAAGAGUUCAUGGACGAUCCGGUACAAAGCCGUGGACUGAUACUUAGCAUCGAUGUUCCAAACCGAUUUGUGGCCGUUCGCGCAGAAUACAAUCAUCCCGAGGGUGUCAGAGCGACAUCUCAGGGGAAUAUGCAAGUUCUGUCUGAGCUGGAUAAUGUUAUGGUUGCUUGGGGUAGCAGUGCGGCAUUUACCGAGUUCUCCGCUGAUGGGGAGAUGCUAUGUGAUACUCAUUUCGCUCCGUCAAACUGGUUUCAGCUUGGCAAGGCAGUCUCGUAUCGCAUUGCUAAGGGUAGCUGGGUUGGAAAACCCAAUACCAAUCCAGAAGCGGUGAUAGUUUCCAAAGCUCUGUUUGUGAGCUGGAACGGGGCUACAGAAGUUCAUUCAUGGAGAUUGGAAACGUGGGAUGGGAAAGAUAUGACGAACAUGAACUUCCUCACAGCGGAUGUGGUGAGGAACGAUGGAUUCGAGACUUUUAUCGCAAUCCCGUAUAGUGUACCGAACGUCUAUCUCCGUGUGGUUGCGCUGGACAAGAAUAAUGUGGUACUUGGAACCUCGGCCGUUCUCGAUCAUCAGCUACGUUGGGGUAUGCAGAAGCUAUUCCACCAUUAUCUUCCUAGUAUCAGUGUCUCUGCAGGUGUUGUCAUCUCUGCUAUCAUGGUCGUGUGCUGCAUCCUGCUGGGAGUUCGAUGGGUAUGGAAGACGUGUCAAGGGAAAAUUUUCAAAGAGUCAGGGUAUACACCUGUUCCCCUUGAAUUUAAAGAGGUCAAUGUUGAAACUGUCGAUAUCGAGACUUCAUCAUGGUCGCGAGCUUCAUUUUCAUCUGUAGAUCAACUGCCAAUGGUGCAGGUCACAUCCUGA